AUUAGAAGAAAAGAUCUAAUUGAAAACUGGAUUUGUGAGGGAACUGUUCAAAAAUUAGGAAGCAGAAGAGAAAUGCAUGAUAAAGGAAAUGCUAUUUUAAAUAGGCUUUUAAACUGUUGUUUGUUAGAGGAAGCCAAUAAAGAGUCGUGUGUUAAGAUGCAUGAUGUUGUGAGGGACAUGGCAUUGCGCAUCAAGAGCACGGGUCCUGGCAUGUUUAUGGUAAAAGCUGGAAUGAGAUUGACAAAGAUACCGGAUGAGGAUGAAUGGAAUGAAGAUCUAGACAAGGUCUCCCUCAUGGAAAAUUUAAUAUCAUAUAUCCCUCAAAAUGUGUCCCCCAAAUGCUUGAUGCUCUCAACCUUGAUUUUGGAGGGUAAUUAUUACUUGAGCCAAAUUUCUGAGUGUUUUUUUGCUAACAUACCCCUGCUGAAGUUCCUUGAUCUUUCUAGAACUGACAUUGAGGUUCUACCUAAUUCCAUAUGUAACUUGGAAUAUCUCACUGCACUGAUCCUCUAUGCAUGUCAGCGUUUAGAACGCAUGCCUUCCUUGUCAAAGCUUAAAGCACUGAAGAAGUUGGAUUUGAAGGGAGCAGGCCUUCGUGAGGCUCCUGAAGGCAUUGAAAUGUUAGAAAAUUUGGAAUAUCUUGAUUUAUCUUGUCCCAACCUGAGGGUGCUACCAAGAGGAAAAAUCAGGAACCUCUUCCGCCUCCAAUACCUACGUACACAUGGAAUUUUUCGAAGUGAAAUAAGUGGAGAAGAAGUAGCAGGUUUGAAGAUGCUGGAAUUGUUUGAAGGUGAAUUUGAUUGGUUGACAGACUUCAGCAGUUUUGUUAAAGAGUUGAACCAUUUUGGAAGACCCUGUCAUUACUUUAUGAAAAUGGAAGAAGAAACAGGCGCGCUAAGGAGAUUGAAAGCGGUUCGAUUCUGGGUUAAUUGGAAUUCAUUAUGGUUACCGGAUAUCAAGGAAUUAGUACCAGAAGAUGUGAGACACACAGGCAAAGAUGAGGGGCACUUUUGGAAGUUCAAUAAUAAUGAUCUUCCUAAACAGGUAAUUUUAUUCAAAUGCGAGAUAGGAGAAGAAGAUGAGUUUGUCCUUCCAGAUGACCUUCAGGAUUUGAGGAUUGAAUACUGCAAUGCGGCCGGUGAUAUUUCUAUUUUUCAGAAAGAUUUUACUCAAUUGCGAACAUGUGCUUUCAAAUAUUGCGAAGGGAUAGUGUGUGCGGUCUCUUUGUCAUCAUCUUCAUCUACUUCCUUGACAGUUAUGAAUAACCUUGAAGUACUAACUCUUGAGCUGAGGGUAUGCAAUUGUCCAAAAUUGAAGAAGCUUUUUCCAUGGGAGUUGCUGCAGGGUCAGGGCCUCCAAAACUUGGAGCUGAUUGUGGUGAAUAAUUGUUGGGGAAUGGAGGAAAUAAUAGGAUGGGAAGAAGAAGAUGAAAGAAAUCAAACAACUACUCCAAUAUUGAUCACUCUUCCAAAAUUAGAGACAUUGGCGUUGCAAUCUCUACCAGAAUUGAAGAGAAUCUGCCCCGAAAGAGGAGUAAUGGUUUGUGAAUCUCUCAUUAGCAUCCAUAUAGACACCUGUGUGAAGGUAAAAAGGAUUCCCCUUUGUCUUGGAAGGGAAAACGCGCAACCAUCUCUUCCUGCUGUCAAAUCUAUCUAUAUUUCCAAUCCAAACGAAUGGUGGGAAUCGUUGCAGUGGGAGAAUCCUGACGAUAAGAUUGUCCUCCUACCUUUCCUCAAAUAUAAUGAGAUCUUGGACAACAACACUAUGGAAACUUCGGUAGAGAUUGAAUAUCAGUAUCUUUAGCAUUUCCUUUUUGCCUCUAUGAGUUUCAAUUAUGAAUUGACUAGUUUCUAACACGCAGCUCAGCUCAGGGAGCAAGCACCUGAAUGGAUUUCCUGAGUCAUCCAUUGAUUAUCAAUCUGGUCAAUCUGUGUCCACUUUCUAAUGCCCAGCCUAGAAGCCAAUAAUCUGCUUUUUGUGGAAUCCCUGGUUAGAGUUGUGUUUUGAACCAAUAUGCCUCCUGCUGUCACCUAGUUUGUUAGUUUAUUUGACAAGAGAGAGUUUCUCUUAGACUUAGACGACAGUGCCCAUAAUUUCCUAUUGAACUGGCGUCAGAGAUAUCCACCAAUCAAAACCCAAGAAUUCUUCAUGUAAGGAGGGAGUUUCGCAGGCAGUAAGUUUUGGGGUUCUCUUUCAUACUUGCACAUAUAGUUAUGUAAAUGCUCUGUAAAUCAUUCCUUAUUAUUGCAGGCCACUAUGUACCAUAACUUGUGGAGCAGGGUUUGUCUAUGAUCAACACAAGGACAUACAAAUAUACUUAAUCAUCUCAA